AUGUCUGCAACCCUCUACAUCGACAGGCCGCACACGCACUUCACCAACCUCGAUUUUCUCACGGGCAAGGUUGUGGUAAAACUGACUUCGGAGACUCAAAUAAGUGGGAUCCAAGUUAAACUGGAAGGAGAAAGUCGAACCCGCCUCUCGGGACCGCGACAUCCGCACCAUGAGCAAUCUGAUAAAAAGCGCACCGAGAUUGAGGUUCAUAAGAUCUUAUACAAAGUCCUCAAUCUCUUCCCAACCCCGGCUGUCUUCAAUGAGAACACUCCGAAUACUGUUUGGACUUUUGCUGCGGGGACUUACGAGUAUCCCUUUCAGUUCAAGUUUCCCUUCAACAAUGCAUGUAGCUUUCAGAAUAGCAUGCUCACCAAUCUCAACAUUAGUGGUCUCAAAGUUGAGGUAGCUCGCGAUACACAUCGACAUGUAAAGAAAACACUGCCUCCAUCAUUGAGUAGCUUCCCUCAAAUGGCAGACAUCAAAUAUUACGUCAAAGCGACAGUAGUUAGGCCGCAGUUCUACAAGGAAAAUAUAAGGACGAUUACCAACAUAAACUUUCUUCCCAUCGAACCACCGAGGACGGGCAAUCCGGGUGAAGAAACAUAUGCACGACGUCAACAUGGAUUUGCGAAAUCCCCCAGCACAUCAAAGAUGAAGAGUUUGUUCCAAAAAGGCUCCAGUUCGUCUCUCCGAGAUUCUUCCGGUGACUCGCCUCGCGUAUCCGCAGAUAUCAGACUACCAAAUCCCUCGAUACUUACAUGUAACGAACCAAUCCCGCUACGUAUCCUUGUCAGCAAAACUUCGGAGUCAUUUGAAACGAUAUUCUUGCAGACACUGCAAAUUGAGUUAAUCGCCUAUACCAAAAUUCUUGCCCAUGAUCUAAAACGGAAUGAAACAAACACUUCAGUCAUCUUCAGCCGCAGUAAUAUGGCCAUUCCACUUGGGAGAGGAGGCGAUCCAGUCGGCACUGAAUGGACUAUCGAUGCUAGUAUGUGGAGCCACAUACCUCUCCCGAGCUCGGUGGCACCAACCUUUGAAACCUGCAAUAUCUCGAGGACAUAUGAGUUAGAAGUGCGGGUUGGUUUGAGUCAUGGCACUGUCGGCAAUAUGAAACCCCAACUCAUUGUACUGCCGUUACGGAUGCCUGUCAAAGUUUACUCUGGAAUCUCCCCGCCUCAGGCGCUUCUGGACGCCAUGGCUGAAAACGGGCACAUUCAACCAACAGUUUCCCCUACCAAACCAAGCCGACCUUCUCAGGAAACCAGCGCACCGCCUCCGAUGCCCCCAAGGCCUACUAGACCUCCCGCACCUCUAAAUCCAGAGGAUGGUUAUGACGACGCACCCCCGAGUUACGAAGACGCAAUGGCUGAAACUCUGAGUCCUGUGGAUGGCCCCCGUCGCGAACCGGGUCUCCCCCUACAUCCCCCGUCGCACGGCAACAAAGUGUGCUCAAGAUUCACAAACUCGCGGCUCUUCAGGAAGACAGUCCACCUCAAUAUCAGCCUGUAG